AUGAAACUUACAAAUCGUGUGCGGAUAUAUUUUUCCGGUUGGAUCCUGCUGGCGAGCUUCUGCGUAGUUUUGAACUGCUUUAACAUUGACUGGACAAAGACUAACAAGGUGCUCGGGGCAGUCAUAGUCGCUGUACUUGGAAUACUUCAAGGUUCUGUUCUUGAAUUUCCACUUCAGACAGUGGCCACCUUUGCAAUGGGAGGAAAAAGGCGGGAAAAUAAACGUGCAUCAUGUGACCAUCUUUCGCUUAUUUUGAACUAUAAUUUGCUAGCGACGAGUAAAGAUGAUAUCGAGGAGUGCAUAGAAACAAUGUAUAUGGCUUACAAAGGGAAUAUGAGUCCGAAGGUUUCAGCUGUUUUGGUAAGUGCUACAAAUGACAAAGAACUGAAGGAAUAUGAACUAGAACUAAGAGAUAAAUACCGUAAAAUAAUACAUGAUGAGUUAUAUAGAGAGGGACUGGCCUUUUCCAACAGACGGUUUGAUGAUAUUGACGACAUGCAUUUCAAAAAUGUCUGGAAAGAAUAUUGCGACAUUGACGGGAAUGAAUUUGAAGAAUGUUAUCUGGAAAGUUUGUGUGAAAGGUACUCUCAAGAAUUUAUGGUGGUCCAUCGAGUGAGUCGUGUUUUAAAGAAAUGCGGCCAAUAUCAGGACCUAAUGCUUCUUUCAGAAGGAAUUUCCAAAGCAUUUACUUACUGUGACAUUAGUUAUUAUGGAAAACAAGCGAGGACUUUUGGUGAAAAUCUCUUCCACGAUAGUGAUGACGUCAGGAAUAUUAGAAACAGAAAGUUUGACUAUACUUUGGUCCUGGACGGUGAUACAGGAGUGUUGAGGGGAGUUGUGUUCAAGCUUCUUGAAAUAGCUGCGGCACAUCCUGACAAAGGAAUAAUACAACCGUCAAUUAAGUUUAAAUGCACGAAAGAUGAUACUCUAUAUAUGCAUUUAGAGGCCAUGAGGCAAUCCAUUUAUGAACCAUUGACUAAUGCUCUGACGGCUCUCUUCGGACAGUCUGGAUUUUUUGGAAAAGCUUUGAUAAACAAUAAAUUGUACAUCGAACAUGUUAUUGGAAGCGAAGACAAUUUAAUCGAAAGAGUACCCGUUGAUGUUCUUAGUCAUGAUACUUUCGAAGCUGCGCUCCUUAAGCCGUUAUACGCCGGAAGUACGUACCUUUUGGAAGCACCAAGUCACAAUUACGUCACAUGGGGUAUACGCGAAAGACGCUGGAAUAGAGGCGAAAUUAUCCUUGCCACAUAUUUCUGGAAAAACGCUUUUGGCAAGCCAAUGAGAUGGCUUCAAAAAUAUUUUCAGAAAUCAAAAUUCAACAAGACUAAAGUCCGAACUGAAUCGAAAUUAGACUUUGUGACGUCAUAUAUAGCACACUCCGCAUUGAGACAUAUGUUGAUGAAGCCUUUGUUAUUACUGUACAUUUGUAUAAACGUGAGUGUUCAUUUAAAACAACCUAACUUAUCUAUAAUCAUCGUCAUGUUUAGCAUUUUGAUAUUUCCGAAAUUUGCGGUGUGUAAUCGUGAGAAUUAUAAAUCUGUGAUUAUUGAAUCAGUAGCUUCCGUUUUACAAUUCACACCGGAAGCGUUGGUUGGUAGCAUCCGUCUUAUACGGGCGCUUCAUGCAAACGUUUCUCUAAAUGCUAAAUGGGUUCCACAGAGGGCAGUUGAAGAAGAGUUUCGAAAUUCAAACCCAUUUAUCUCUGGUUUCAGGCAUCUUUGGGGUUACUCACUGUUUUCUUUAGUGACAGGAGCUCUAGUUAUUGCAUUUUUCGAAGAGGCGCUUUUAGUUUUAGCCUUGCUGACAACUGUCUUACUCUUGCCGGUUUUUACGGGUGUAACAUCAAUGAAGUUGAAAUCUUGUUUGACAAAGAAAAAGAAAACAAGUAAAAGUUCAAUUGAAACAGUUUUGAAACCAAGCAUUGGUUCAAAGAAGAAUAGCUUGACUACUUUAUAUUCUAGUCAAACGUAUCACAGUUUAGGGCAGUUAUGGAAUGGUUAUGAGUAUAAAGACACUUCAUUUUUGAUACCCUCUAGCAGGAGUAGCACUGAUACACUCAUAGACAACACGCAUAAUUUUGGAAAGAAUAGGAAAAAGUACCCUUCUGUUUAUUCAUGGACUGCGAAGAAAAAACAACUGACGGAGAAUCUUCCAUCAUGGAAUUCGGAACACUUCUAUAAACAUCACAUAUUAGAACACAAAGGCCAUGAUGAAGGUAAAGGCAACAAAAUACCAGAUAUUGGCAUUAAAAGAAACCUAAAUGGAAAAUCACAUUUUCACGAAAGUAGUUCCAAUGAAACACGUAUUGAUAUUGAAAAGUUAUUUCAAAAUCUGAAUGUUUUACACCAGUUUAGGAACGGAAGGCAUGACAGGUGAUUUCAAAUCAAUCUUUUUGGAAAAUUAAGAAAAUACAUUUAUCUUAAAACUUAUCUAAAAGAUUUCAGCAUAUUUCGACCGGCUUCCGU